UCUGACACAAUAGUGUAUCCAAGAUGGCGGACGCGGGUGCAGCGAGCUCACCUGGGGGAGACUCGGUGCUGCCGCCGCCGCCGCCACCGCCUCCCCCGGAGGAGCAGGAGCUGAGCCAGCGGCUCCGACGUCUCUACCCGGCUGUAAACCAGGCCGAGACGCCGCUGCCGCGCGCCUGGAGCCCCAAGGACAAGUACAACUACAUCGGCCUCUCCCAGGGCAACCUGCGCGUCCACUACAAAGGACAUGGAAAAAAUCACAAGGAUGCUGCUUCAGUCAGGGCUACCCAUCCUAUCCCUGCAGCCUGUGGUAUUUAUUACUUUGAAGUGAAGAUAGUCAGUAAAGGUAGAGAUGGGUACAUGGGGAUAGGACUCUCAGCCCAAGGUGUCAACAUGAACAGACUUCCUGGUUGGGAUAAACAUUCCUAUGGCUACCAUGGUGAUGAUGGACACUCCUUCUGCUCUUCAGGGACAGGACAGCCUUAUGGCCCCACAUUCACUACUGGAGAUGUGAUUGGCUGCUGUGUAAACCUCAUCAACAAUACCUGCUUCUACACAAAGAAUGGGCACAGUUUAGGUAUAGCCUUUACAGACCUCCCUGCCAAUUUAUAUCCCACUGUUGGGCUCCAGACACCCGGAGAGAUAGUGGAUGCCAACUUUGGGCAGCAGCCGUUUGUGUUUGACAUCGAAGAUUACAUGAGGGAGUGGCGAGCAAAGAUUCAGGGCACCAUUAAGCGGUUUCCCAUAGGUGACCGGCUAGGUGAAUGGCAAGCCAUGCUACAGAAUAUGGUCUCUUCCUAUCUGGUCCAUCACGGGUACUGUGCUACAGCAACUGCCUUUGCCAGGGUGACGGAAAGUACAAUCCAGGAAGAACAGAUCUCUAUAAAGAACAGACAAAGAAUACAGAAGCUGGUCUUGGCAGGAAGAGUGGGGGAAGCCAUUGAAGCCACACAACAGCUAUACCCAGGACUCCUAGAGCACAAUCCUAAUCUCCUUUUUAUGUUAAAGUGCCGGCAGUUUGUGGAGAUGGUGAAUGGAACAGACAGUGAAGUACGUUGUUUCAGUGCCCGCAGCCCCAAAUCCCAGGACAGCUACCCUGAUUCCCCCAACCUAAGUCCAAGGCACGGCUCUAACAAUUUGCACAUUCACAGCACUGGAGCGGACAGCCCAAGCUGUAGCAAUGGAGUUACUUCCAUAAAAAACAAACAGAGCCACUGUAAAUAUCCAGCACUGAGCUCGUCGUCGUCAUCCUCUUCCUCGUCAUCCCCUUCAUCGGUGAACUACUCAGAGUCUAACUCCACAGAUUCCACCAAGUCCCAGCAGCACAGCAGCACCAGCAACCAAGAGACCAGUGACAGUGAGAUGGAGAUGGAGGCAGAGCACUACCCUAAUGGAGUCCUGGAGAAUUCCGCUACAAGGAUAAUGAAUGGCACUUACAAACAUGAAGAGAUUCUGCAGACAGAUGAUUCCAGCAUGGAAGAUGGCUGUCCUCAGAGGCAGCUCUGUGGAGGGAACCAUGCUGCCACUGAGCGGAUGAUCCAGUUUGGGCGAGAGCUACAGACCCUGAGCGAGCAGCUGUGCAGAGAGUAUGGGAAGAAUACGACACAUAAAAAAAUGUUGCAGGAUGCGUUCAGCUUGCUGGCCUACUCUGAUCCAUGGAACUGUCCCGUUGGCCAGCAGCUAGAUCCAAUCCAGCGGGAACCCGUGUGUGCUGCACUCAAUAGCGCUAUAUUGGAGUCUCAGAACCUGCCAAAGCAGCCCCCACUGCUGCUUGCCCUGGGCCAGGCCUCGGAGUGCUUGCGGCUCAUGGCUCGCGUGGGCUUGGGCUCCUGCUCUUUCGCCAGAGUGGAUGACUAUUUGCACUAGCCACUGAGUGAGACAGAGUGACCCCUCCAGUGCUGCCACCAUCACUUCCCCCUGCCUCGCAUUUUCCCACUGCCCCCAAGGGCAAGCUGCCCAGCGGAAGAACACAUUGCUGACUGAGGGGGAAUCCCUGCGAUGCCUUCAUUUCUCACCUUGGAAACUGCUGGCAGGGCCUUCCCCCCUGUCGUCAUCACCACCACAGCCUGCUCUGCCCUGCAGCCAUUGCAGCACUCAGUAUUUUCACUGGUCAUUCUGAUGUAGCGCCUUUCCUACUUUAGGAUUUUAUUUUAUUUUAUUUUCUGACUGAGCCACCAGUAUUUAUAUCUGGAGAGUUUGUGCUGAGCUGGUUUCUACUAAUUUAGAGAUAAAAGUGUAUCUGUUGGUGAUGGCCUGCUUUUAUUUUCAUGAGGGGAAACUGCCGGCACGCAUGUCACCAGGGCAGUGUUGUUCUCUAGUGCUAGUCCCCUUAAAGGCAAGUGGCUUCAUGUUUUGACCGGAGACCAACCUGUGCCACCACAUCUCUACUGCCUGAGCAGAAAGGCUCAUUUGUCUCUCUUUUGCCAUGUGAUAUUCAAGUUCAAGAACUGACAGGUGGCCAUUGGAACUUCUAUGGAGAAAAGCUGAAAAUGAUAACGAAAGGUGUGCAGUAUCUUGGUCUCAUCUUUUAGUAAAAUGGCCUGGUACUCUAAGACAGAUGGAGAUGGUCUUAACCGAGCAUACCCCUCCCCAAACAUGGUUGAGAGCAGGAACAAUGUCUUGACUAAACACAUCCAACAUUAUAACACAGGCAGCUAAGAUGAUGACCUCCAGAUGUUGGACUCCAGUUCCCAUCAGCCCCAGCUAACAUGAUCAGUGGUCGGAUUAUGGGAUCUGUAGUCUUAACAACAUCUGGAAAGCAUCAUCUUAACUACCCAUGCAUUAGAGGAAGGGAUCCUAGGCCCAAUGCAGUUUGAUUCAAUAUGGGCAUUUAGGUGGCAGCUAGCAUCUAACAAAUGGGACUUGUCCCAUAGAGAUGUUGAAGGCAGAGUGACUUUACCUGUCUUUUAAAUGGAAUAGUGUCAGAUGAUGUGGAAACUGGGAGAUAUGUGUCACUCAAGCCAUUUCUAUUUGAGCUAGAGACUCUCCUAGGGGUUUUCACUUGGACUGGUGUCUGCUUUUUUUAUACAAUUGCACGCCCCCUGUGUUUUGGGGUCAUUCAUAGUUGACAAGCUUGCAGUCCAGGUUUGGGGCUCAGGUAGAUCAGAUCACACCUCCCUCAUUACCUGUGGAUCUUUGCUCCACACUGAACUUGAAGUCCGUCAGAUGCUUGAAUGACAACUGAUCAGCCACAAACGAAAAUGUGAAAUUGAGGACAUAAGCCAAUAUUUAGUUUUUCCUUUUAAAAAAAAGUGUACAGUUUUUACUCCAAGGAGUAGCCAUU